AUGGAUUGGUCGGAUAAGCUUGAUGACGCAUUGUGGGCAUUUCGUACCGCCUACAAGACACCGUUGGGUACCACUCCUUUCAUGAUUGUCUAUGGCAAAGCGUGCCAUCUUCCGGUAAAAUUGGAGCACCGGGCACUUUGGGCUCUUAAAACCGUCAAUUUAGAUCUUACCAAAGCGGCCAAGAAGCGGUUCUUCCAAAUUCACGAGCUGGAAGCACUUAGAGAUGCGACAUAUGAGCAUUCAUGGAGUAUUAAGAAGAAAACGAAGGCUUCGCAUGAUAGGACGAUUAAAGGGUUGAAAGAGUUUAAAACUGGUGAUAAGGUACUUCUUUGCAAUUCGACGUUUAAGUUGUUUCCCGGUAAAUUAAAAUCCAAAUGGGCAGGGCCGUACGUUGUGAAGGAGGUGUUUCCGUAUGGUACCAUCGAGUUGUACGAUGAAGUCGACGGGGGUACAUGGAAAGUGAAUGGCCAUAGGUUGAAGCAUUACUUAGGAGGGCAGAUCGACACCACCGAGAAGGAGGAAACUCAUCUCGAGGACCUACUGAACACCACCGUUUAG